CUCUUAGUUCACUUAACCAGUAGCAAAAUGAGACGACAACGCGACGCAUCUCUGAGCCUCCAAGGGAGCCUGCUUGUGGCGAUCGCGAUCUGUGCCGUGGUGAGCGGCGCACCACAGUCGCAGGCCACAAUUGAGGAGCUGCUCAAGGAUGGCGACGUUGGAGUCUCAGACACCAAAAUGGCGCUGGUCACGCUAAGCACGAGCAGCUCCAGUGAGGAGGACAGCGCAUCGAGCAGCAGCAGGGAGGUCAAUGUGUCGGACGAUUUGAUAUUUCUAGCUCGCAAAACUGCGACACAAAUGCCGGCAGCAAAACACACGGAGGACGCCUCUUCCUCCGAAGAACUAGAUGAGGCGCCACCAACUGUUGCCGAAGUCGUGCCGCCCAUUGAUAUGAGCGCAUUUGUGGCGCUGAUACCCGCUAGGCAGGUGCAGGCCAUUGCCGACAAUUACUAUCGCCACGAUAAAGAGGUCCAGCGUGCGUAUGCCUUUCUCAGCAGCGAAUUCUUUGCGGAGAUGAAACAGCAAAUACUGCAGCUGCCCGAAGUGCUGGCAUUUACGCGCUAUCUGAACGCCAGCGGGCUGGAUGUGCUUAAGCUGACGCAGACCGUGGUGCAGGCUACUAAAGCAACCACGACACUGGCCUUGGAGCCGACGGACAGCACAACGGUCAGCGCCGUGGAAGCAUUGGGUGGCGUCAAUGGGGAGCCCAGCUUGAAGGAGCUGAAUGGACUGCAUGGCCUGGUCGACAGCGUGCUGGAUGUGCUGCCACAGGAUCAAAUAUUGGCUACGUUUUUCGAUAAAAUUGAAACGGAUCAACAGUUUUCCAGGCUCAUCGACAGCAUUGGCACGCCAAAGUUCUCUAAAAUCUUAAGCAAUUUGCAGAAUUCUGUUCCAAUACGCAAUCUGAUCUUUGAGCUGCACAAUAAUGGCAUCUAUAUAACCCGAAUAGUUGAAUCCCUAAAAGCGUAUUUCUUUUUGUCCAGCUUUUAAGGAUGAGGCCGUGUUAAUGUAUUAGUUUCGAAUCGGCUAAUUAAAAGUUAAAUUUAAUAUUUCCAAGCAUAGCUUUGCAUAGACUGUCGAAUACUUAUAAGAAAAGAAAGACACCUGCUAAAUACGCAAA